GCGGCUCCAGCCGAGGUGUGAGCAGCUGCGCAGUCAGUCCUUUGGAGAACCGGGAUCCAGCGCAGGGGCGCAGAUUCACCGAGGCACAGACACCCAGAGGAGCCACAGGCACCAUGACAGAGCCAUCUGGGGACACGCGUCCUGUCCCUCGUGGCAGCAAGGCCUGUCGUCGCCUCUUCGGCCCAGUGGACAGCGAGCAACUGCGCCGUGAUUGCGACGCCCUCAUGGCUGGCUGCCUGCAGGAGGCCCGUGAGCGGUGGAACUUCGACUUUGUCACGGAAACACCGCUGGAGGGCGACUUCGCCUGGGAGCCUGUGAGGGGCCUGGGCCUGCCCAAGCUCUACCUGACCCCGGGGUCCCGGGGUGGCCUAGAUGACUUAGGAGGGGGCAAGCGGCCCAGCCCCUCAACUGCCCUGCUGCCGGGGACAUCUCAGGAGGAUCUUGUGAACCUCUCACUGUCCUGCACCCUCGUGCCGCACUCCCCUGAGCAAUUCGAGGGGUCCCCUGCUGGGCCUGGAACCUCGGGGGGCCGAAAACGGAGGCAGACCAGCAUGACAGAUUUCUACCACUCCAAGCGCCGGCGGAUCUUCUCCAAGAGGAAGCCCUGAACCGCCCGGAGGCUCACACUCCCAGACCCGGCGGGCCCCUCCCUAUCUUCUGCCUUAGUCCUUCAGUUUGUGCGUCUUAAUUAUUAUUUGUGUUUUAAUUUAAACUCCUCCUCAUGUACAUACCCAGCCUGCCCUCUCUCCCCCCAGUCUCUGGCAUUAGAAUUAUUUAAAGAAAAAUUAGGCAGUAGAAUGAUAGGCUCAUCAGAGUGCUGGGUACUUUUAUUAUAUGAACUAUUAUUUAAAACCUUUCAUCUUAUACUCUUCCAUCUCCUCUGGUGGAGGUAAGGGGGGGGGUCUGGCUUCCUACUAGCCACCUCCUCCUUCACCCUGUCCCACUGGGUGGUCCUCUGGAGGGACCUGUUCCCUCCCUCUGCUCACUGUCUCAUGAGCAGUCUGUGAUUCCGCCCCUUUUGUGGAUUCUCAGACCUGAAUUCCUUUAAUUUGAGAAGUAAAUAGAUAGCACUUUGAAGGGGGCCCAGCCAAGGGAGGGAGUCAUAAAGAAAUCUGCCGUCCCCUCACCUCCUCUAAGGUUGGGCACAGCCUAAAACAGGGCUGGGUACUUCACCCCUCCUGGCCCUUGAUGCCCACCCCACCUGGCCUGUGGCAGGGGAAGGGAAGGUGGGUCCUGUAGCAGCUCCCCACCUCCACGGAGGCCCCCUCUGCCAUCCCUGGGAGCACACCUCAGUGUUUGGGCUUCUCUCCUGGUGGCUCCCCUCUACAUUUUUGGGGGCCUCAACUGGCUCUCAAGGCCCCUCUGCUGCUCUCCUCUCCCCCAUGUCCUGUAGCUCUGGGUGCCUGUCCCCCCAUCCCCACAACUCCAUGGACUGGAAGGAAAAAGGACACACAGGAAGUAGGGCUCCCUAGUUCUACCUCAGGCAGCUCAAGCAACAACCACCUUCUCCUCUGUUAGCUCUGGGGAUCGGGGUCCUGGUGGCCAGGCAGGCCUCCCUGAGCGGGGAUCGCUCCAUGUUAGGGGUGUGGUAGGGGGAGUGGAUUUUUCUAGGACAGACCCCAGCCCCUGGAACCCAUCCAGUGACCCUCCUCAUUUGCCCCAUCCCUCCAAAUUUCAUUGCACUUUGAGCAGCAACUGAACAAGGAGAUGGGCCGGUGCACUAAGUAGACCAAUAGGAGGCGGAGUUGGGGGUGGUUGUCUUUCCCAGCACUGAACAUGGAGCCCCUGGAGGUGCUGAAGCACUUAGUGGGUCCAGUUCCUGUGCCAUCCUGGCCUGGCCUGCUUCCUCUGGCCCCCGUGGGCUCUGGUUCCCAUCUCUACCUAGACUCUAAACCUCCCAAGGGCAGGGACUGUGCCCUGUUCCGCUCUGUGUCCUUCAUAUCCCCUCCCACAGUGCUGGAUAUACAGCAGGUGCUCAAUAAACAUUAAUGAAUGACUUUA